CGUCAAAUGGGCCUUGGUUGCAGCUACACGCCGCGAAUAAUAAGACGCAGCACCCAACGCUCGACUUGAAUACCUCUCCGCCUCUUUGCGACUCCAAUCAUACAAAUCACAAUGGCUGAUCAGAACGGUGCUGCGUCGAGCGGCUCUCGCUUGAAUCCUUUCUCCCGCCGCGACGAGUUCUCCUCCCGAGAACUUAUCCUCUACCGAUUUACCACGCUCAUCACCUACAUCAUCUUCCUGGUCACCGCCAUCUACUACACCUUCCAGGCCCCCGGCCAAGGCAAGUACGAGCGCCACACGAUAUGGGGCAACAACACGGCUACGCCGUUCGCGCAGAACAGUAUCAUGACCUCCAUCUACUGGAUCGUCAUCCUCCUCCUCCAGCUCGUCUACGCCUACUCUCUCUACUCCAAAGACCCCGUCUACGUCAACGCUGCUGCAAACAUCGGCACGCACUACAUCGCGUCGAAUCUGCUGCUCUUCGGCUUCCUGAACCUCUGGGUGCGCAGCCACUUCUGGCUCGCCGAGCUGCUCAUCGUCAUCAACUUCUUCAAUCUAUCCUUCGCGUACUUCCGGCACUCGACGACACCCCGCCCGAUCCACAUUGGAACCGUCGCGGGGCCCCUGGCCUGGAACUUUGUCGCGCUGUACUGGGUGGGGGCGAAGGCGGUGCAUGCGCACAACCUGCCCGCGAGGAUUGUGGGAAAUAUCUUCAUAUGGGGCAUCCUGGCGUAUGGAUGCUUUUUCCUUGUGGCAUUCAAGGAUUAUAACAUGGGCUUUGCGCUGUCGUAUCUCGCCUUCUCCACCGGCGUCGGCCAGUUCCUUUCCAAGAUCCCGAUCUUCCAGCUACAGUGGAUCUUCGCCUUUACUAUUGGCGCGCUGCUGUUCAUCCUAAGCCUAGGUGUGUCAAGUGGUAAGACGCCACUUGAGGGUGGUGAGGUUGUGUCUGAAGACCGCGAGCGCGCGCCGUUGUUGCGGGAUGGACCGGAUGUGCCUCAGGAAGGCCGUGAUUAGGUGACCCGCGGUGGCGUACCGACAAGGGUCAUGAGAUUGCCGGCGGUCAGGUUGCGGUUGAUCACUGUGGCGAUUUGUUCAGUGUGGAUCACGACAAAGGCGGCGAUGGGUCGAUGAGAUGGUGGGAAAAAAAAAUGGACUUAUGUGGAGUGGCGGAGGGUUCCUGGGUAGCAGUGUCACUGGUCUGAGGUCGUUCUGACUCUGGGUUACCAUAUGGUCUGGCGUUUUUGGUUACGGUUCCUCUCUUACUCCAUCGUCUUGCCUCCUCUUUGCGUUGGCGCGGCACAAAAUGCCUCUGCUUGAGUUUGUAUCGCUCGUCGGCUUGCUGGUUCGCAGCGACAAUACCCGGCGUACGUAUGGUAGUCUAGCAAAUGCUUUCAGCUAGCUGUCUUCCUCUCCCUGCUCUCGCGACGUGAGAGAGAC